AUGGAGCAGGAUAGACUCGUAGGGAGAGGAAGCCUUCAUCGGAGAGGUGGUGGUGCUGGUGCUGGUGCUGGUGCUGCUGCUGCUGCUCCUCCUCCUCCUGCUCCUCAACAGAGAGGUGGGCACAGACAAAGAGAAAGAGGUGGUGCUCCUCCUCGACAGAGAGGUGGUCUUCAGAGAAGUGUAGGCAGAAGACAACGCACCAUCAUCUCUAAUGAAGUCCGGGCCAUCAUUGUUGACCAUAUGGUUAACAGAGGCUUUACCAUGGCUGAGGCUGCCAGAAUUAACAGGAGACAACCUGGUGGUGGUCGCCCACGUGUUUUGACUGACCAGCAGGAGUUGGCUGUGGAGGAAAUGGUCAGGGCAAGGAAUGACAUACGGCUGUCUGAAAUCAAACAGGCUAUUGAGAACAGCAAUGACACCUUUGCCAAUGUGCCAUCAAUUAGCCUUCCAACGAUGUCCCGGCUUUUGAAGAAGCACCAGGUUUCCAUGAAACAAAUUUACUUGGUUCCUUUUGAGAGGAACAAUGUCCGGGUGAAACAACUGCGUUCAGAAUAUAUUCAGAGGGUGAUGGAGCUGGACGCUGCUGUGAAUCAUCACACGUAUAUUUUUGUUGAUGAGGCCGGUUUCAAUCUGGCAAAAACUACACGCAGAGGAUGUAACCUUAUUGGACAAAGGGCUACCAUCCAAGUCCCUGGACAACGUGGGGGAAACAUCUCAAUGUGUGCAGCUAUAUCUGAAGAUGGUGUGGUAGGCUGUACACCAGUUCUAGGGUCAUACAACACUGAACACCUGAUACCACACCAGAAACGCUCUGUGCGGAUAGCAAAGUCUGCGCUGUGGGAGUGUCCGGACCCUCCACGCCAGGAUCUGCAGCACAACCUCGCACUGGUCCCCAGGGGCACGGCAAACUUGUAA